AUGAACACCCAAAAGAAACUCAACUUAAAACAUAUUAACAAGAAAGAAGGACUUCAUAAUAAAAACAUCAUCUGGGGCAGGAGCACUAAUUUGAUUGAAAGUAGAAGACUCAGUGCUCCUGCCCCGUGUGCUCCUGCCCCGUGUGUUCCUGCCCCGUGUGCUCCUGCCCCGGGUGUUCCUGCCCCGUGUGCUCCUGCCCCGUGUGCUCCUGACCUGUGUGCUCCUGACCUGUGUGCUCCUGCCCCGUGUGCUCCUGCCCCAGGUGUUCCUGCCCCGUGUGCUCCUGCCCCGUGUGCUCCUGACCUGUGUGCUCCUGACCUGUGUGCUCCUGCCCCGUGUGCUCCUGCCCCAGGUGUUCCUGCCCCGUGUGUUCCUGCCCCGUGUGCUCCUGCCCCAGGUGUUCCUGCCCCGUGUGCUCCUGCCCCGUGUGCUCCUGACCUGUGUGCUCCUGUGACACCGGACAUGGUCAUCUAUGGAAUAUCAUCUAACAUAGGAAGUCCUCCUGAGGAGGUUCAAGAGGACCUCACUCCAAGUAAUGAGGAGGAGUCAAUUUCUUGUUUCCCUCAGAUCAUUUUAUUACCAAGUGGCCAUUUGGAAACUCCGGGUGCUCCUGUUACACCGAACAUGAGAGCGAAAAAAGAUUACUUCACUGUAAUUACUGCACUGAUGAAACAAGACCGUCUGCUGCGAGUUUUUGACAGCGGAAAGGCCGUGCUGUACCUGUUACAAGAGAGGAGACACACCAGAGUCAGACGCUUCAGACGCAGACGCAUCAGACUCAGACUUUGUGUUUACUCAGUCAAGUGGCGUGGGACAGAAUUGAACCCCCUUGUGUCAGAACUUCACCUUGAUAGUGAGCAGCACCUGAAGGACUUCAUAAUGAGGGGAGAGACGAUGGAUCUUAUCUUUUCUCUGCUUAUAUCCGAGCUCACAGUAUGA